AUGACUAGAUUGAUUACCUAUCGAUUUAUUGAACAAUUAAUUAUUUCGAGUAAAGAUAAUAAUCGAUAUUUAAAUAUUUUGUUUAUAAAUUUAAAAGAUAAUAAUUUAGAUUGGCAUUAUCUUGAAAAUAUUCAAUCAUCAAAUAAUCAAUUGAAAGAAGAUAUUAAACAUCUCUAUUAUAAAAUUAUUAAAAAUAUAUUAUCAUUUUCAAUAGAAUCUAAUAUGAAAACAUUAUGUGUAUUGAAUCUCAUCAAUCUAAACUAUAAUUCGAUGGAUUUAUGUUUUUUGAAUGAUUUUCAAUUUAUUCAAGAGUUAUUUAAUCCAUUUAUUAGUUUGACCAAAAUCGAUACGACAAAUGUCGAUUUAAUGAAUAUGAAAUUCACAACAUUUAAUUGGUUUCGUUUAGUUGUAUUAAAAUUAUGUGAAAAUAUUGAAUUAGAAGAAUUACGAAAUAUGCAUCUUGGUAAUCGAAAAUUUCAUCAUAUCUUACAAUAA